AUGGUUCGCUCCGACUCUCUGUCGCACACUCCGUCGGCACUUGAGGUGGUGGGAAGGAACUCGGCUAGCGGGCUUGGGGCGGUUGCGACGCAGCUGGGACUGGUGGUUUCAACUGCGGCGCUGUGGAGGGUGUUGUACACGCAUCCUGCUGGACUCUUCACCUACCACCCUUCCUUCCAGUCCCUCGCAGUCCUCGGCUUCCUCGAAGGCAUCCUCCUUCUCCAGCCCCAACCUCCAAACGCAGCCUACAAGCGUAAAGGACUGCAACUGCACCAGGUCGUGCAGUAUACCAGCGGCGUCGCGAUCGUAGCGGGCGCGGCGUUCAUCGUGUACAACAAAGUCGCGCACGGAGCGAAACACUUCACGACGUGGCACGCCAAGUCCGGAUUGCUUACUCUCAUCCUCAUCGCCCUUCAACUCACAUUCGGUGCCGUCAUGGUAUACACGCCCCUCCAGCGCCUCAUCUUCAAAAGCGAGGAGCGCGCAAAGAAAGUCUGGAAAUACCACCGGAUGAGCGGCUAUCUCACACUCUUCUUCCUCAUCCUCACCCCGCUCCUCGCACUCGUGUCGGAUUGGGUGACGCAGAACUCGUCGAAAGCGGAGAGGUGGGUGAUUGGAGUUGGGUUGGGCGUUGCGGGAUUGGGGGCGUUCGGGAGGGUGCAGACGAGCAAGCUUGGUCUCAAGACUCGCUAA